UUUCAGCGGGUCUGUGAAGUUGCCCCAUAUUCCAAGACCCAAAAUGAAAAUAUGCAUGCUUGGUGAUGCCCAGCAUGUUGAGGAGGCAGAGAAGAUCGGGCUUGAGUCCAUGGAUGUGGAAGCACUGAAGAAGUUGAAUAAAAACAAGAAAUUGGUGAAGAAGCUAGCAAAGAGGUACCAUGCUUUCUUGGCCUCAGAAGCAGUUAUUAAGCAGAUUCCACGUCUCUGGGGACCUGGUCUUAACAAGGCAGGCCAAGUUUCCUAUCUUGUGACUCACCAGGAGUCACUUGAAGCCAAGGUUAACGAGACUAAGGCUACAAUUAAGUUCCAAUUGAAGAAGGUUCUCUGCAUGGGUGUUGCAGUGGGUAACAUUGACAUGGAGGAGAAGCAGAUAUUUCAAAAACGUGCAAAUGAGUGUCAAUUUCCUUGUUUCCCUUUUGAAAAAGAAUUGGCAAAAUGUGAGGUGCUUGUUCUUGAAGAGCACCAUGGGAAAGCCACAACGUAAUCUUUUUAAGAAGUUAAUAAACUUUUGUUAUUGAAUUCGUAGAAUGACCAGUUGUGAUGGAGCAGAAAACUAUUCAAAACUUCCCAGAAAUGGGAAUUUUUUUGUUUUCUCUUUUUGCGACGUUGAAAUCGGAUUUAUUAUUAUGGAUACUCUUUUGUAUUUGUUUACUUCAGAUUAUUGCCCAUUAUAUGUUCCUUGA